AUGGGACCUAUUAGUAUCCCCGUACCAUCAGCCGUAAGGUCCAUAUUUAAUACGUUCCCCUUGCAGACGUACCCACCAACUGACAAUACCGAUGAUCGCAGACAAAAAACCAUCGAUGCCAGGACGUUCUCAUUCCAAUCGUUAGUAGAAAAGGAGCAACAACAAACGGACAUUUUUGCUCUGGGAGUAUAUAACGUGUACCAGCAUAAGAGCGUGGUGCUGACAACGGACCCUGAAUGCCAGUAUUUCCAAUUCCUAGUUUGUCACAGGAAUUCUUUAAGGUUUCCAACAUCCUCGUCUGCGUCAUCACCAUUGAGAUCAAGCUCAGAGACUGUGAACAGAAUGAUUACACUAUCGCAUCAGGCCACAUUUCAACGAGCAUUGCCUAUACUUAUAGAAGACAACAAGAGGACAUCCAAGAGACGGAUCUUGGUAUCCCUGGAUCCAUUAGGAACGGAAACUACCACUCUCAACGAGGAGGAUAAAAUACUCAUGCAUUUGCUGGAUUCCAUACUCUACAAUUACUGGACCUCCCAAUUGCUUUUCUGUACCACGGCGUCUCAAUUUACUCAGGUAAUGUGUUAUGAAUCUCCAGCUUCUGGUAUCAUGGACCAAUACUCUCUAACGCAGGCGAAGAUCGCAUUAUCUAAUAGGAACUCCUUCUCUAUAAGGAAUACCAAGUUAUGCAAGGGACUUUCUCUCAGUCUUCUGCUCCCCGGAGGACAAACGAGACAAGAAUUACUAGACAUGCUGCAAGAACGCGGUCAAAGAACAUUGACGCAAUUCGAAGGCAAGAUGUCACAUGAAAAAAACAAGUUCCUGCUACAUCAUGACAAAGUGUCGCUGUCCGAUUUAAAACUGGCCAGUUACAUCCUCUGUAUUCUCCAUUUGGAAGACCACACACCGAUAAAGUCCUUCGUGGUGGAGCAUUGUCCCUCCUUGAUCGAGCACUCCCACCGAGUGCUGGCUCUUUACACACCCUUAGAUAAAUAG